UUUCCUAUGCCCGAUAAACUGCCUUUCACAGACGAUGAUGAUGAUGAUACUAACAGGGAGAAGCCAGAUUAUGGGGAGUCGGCUGACCUUUCCGAAAUCGAAUCACUCACGCAAGACCCCUACUCGUCUCCGACUGAUCCUUCCCUUUCCGAAUCGGUAGAUACCGCGCAGUCUGGUUUUCCUUCACAAGCAUGGACUACCCUGAACAAUUGUUUGAGCAUGACUAAGUGGGUUGUACCCGUAUUACCGGAUUCACAGUUGGAGACCCUUCUGAAAGCGUCAAUCGAGUUGGCUAAGCUUGGCAAGGACACGGAUUGCUCGAUGUGCAAGGAUUUUUAUUCUUUCGGACUACUCACUUCUUUCUACAAAACAUUCCAAGAUGGAGCAGUGGAUGGCUGGGAUUGUCAGAUAUUACAUUACAUUUAUAUGAAUGCCCUCCUAGCCAUUGAACUGUGUGCGAUCAAGGCCGCGGACGAUUGCUUACCAAUCCUUGAGUUACAAUCAAUUUUAUUCAGUCCAGAUUCAAGAUUCCAGCAGCACAGCAUGUAUCCGACUAACAUUUGUUGGAAAAUUCAGCACGGAGAGAAAACUAACGGAACUCUUCGCUACACUCACCUUACUCCACUGCUUCCUCAUCUUUUGGCCAAAACACCUGGUGAACUUGCAACAUUUGCCCCACUAAAUUCAGAAUCCUCGCGACUGAAGGCCUACUUCAGCUCUCAGUCUCGCAGACAUUUGAUCCCCAUCUUAUCAGAUUUCAUAAACCUUUUCGGUCGGCUGGGUGGAUUUGAUCGACUUUUAUCACGAUUCACUCGCUUCGCUGAAUUAGACCACUUUCCUGCCUCCCUUGUUGCUGCUUACUUACAUCCGUUCAGCCGAUGCUGCGACUACCUGCAUUCGGGUGUCCUACAGACGUACUUCGUUCCCAUCGUGGAUAUUGUGGUCCCUCGUUUUUCCAAACUGAUAGAAACAAAUUCUACCGGUAACCAUAAAAGCGACCUGAAAUCGGAUUCUUUUGCUGAACUGAGUUUUAAUUUGCGCUGUCUUCUGCUACGUAUGCCGGAGCGAAAAAACUUACUGGAACAGCUCGACAUGUUUUGCUUGAAUCUAAUACUACGCCAUUUGCAGUACGCUUCGUUCAACAAGCGAAUGACGGCACUGAAUGAUUUGAACAGUCUGUUUCUACGCCUUAGUCCAAGUGACGUUUGCUACGCACCACUUGUGCAAACCCCAAUUGUGGACCCUCUCACUAUUGAACACGUUGCCAAUUGGAUGCAUGAAAAGCAGGUCCUCACUCUCAUACUACGCGAGAACUUGCAUCAACCGCAGUAUGUGGAAAGAGUUGAACGUAUCAUCCGUUUUAUGAUCAAGCUGAAAUAUUUGACUGAAGAUGAUCUCGGUCGAAUUUGGGAAUCUCAAGAUGGAAAGCAUGAGGCCAUCUCAAAGAACGUGUUCGAUAUGCUGGCCAGGCUUGCACUUGAAUUCACUCCAGACCAGCUCGAUUAUUUGUUUCGUCGUGUCCAGGUAAUUGACCAAUCCCUUUGCAAACUUUACGCAUCGACCAGUACCGUGCGUUUUAUUGAAAUUCCAUUUUCCGAAUAUUCGAGUUCCUUUCGGGUAUACCGCCUAUACUCGCCUCUUUUUCAAGUAUCCUAUAUUUUCCUAUCUACCCGUUCUAUAGUGCGACCAUUUGCGAUUGUUUUCACCGUUUCUGAUUAA